AUGCAGUGAAUGUGCGCUGCGUUAUGUCCGCUAUAUAAAGUGCACACAGCCGGCAGAGCUCACAGCUUCAGUGGACAGCUCCGUGGUGCUGAAACCUCACUGACACACACUCACUCACACACACACUAGAGCCGCGAUACAUGACUGGAACCAUGGACGGAUCCUCCUGGAAACUUUUUCUACUUUCUUGCCUGGUUGUUGCGGAGAGCUCCGCACAAGACUUUGGACAGACGCAGUUUAUUUGCACGUCGGUGCCCAAGGAUAUGGACUUGUGCACGGCCACGAUGCAGAACAGCGGGCCGGCGGAGGACCUGAAGACUACGGUCAUGCAGCUGCGGGAGACCGUGCUGCAGCAAAAGGAGACCAUAAUGAACCAAAAGGAGACAAUUAGGGAACUAACGUCCAAGUUGAGCCGCUGCGAGAGUCAGAGCCUCCCGGCGGCGGGACCCGGCGGGAGACGGCCGGGGUCGAAGAACACGAUGGGGGAUGUAUCCCGGGGCACCACGGACACCCUGGCGCAGCUGGGACAGACUUUACAGACGCUGAAACAGAGACUGGAGAAUCUAGAGCAAUACAGCCGAGGGAACAACACCGUGCAGGCGAACAGCCUGAAAGAUCUGCUGCAAAACAAGAUAGACGAUAUGGAGAAGCAGGUUCUGUCCCGGGUCAACACGUUAGAGGAGACCAAACCGGUCUCCAGGAAUGACACCGAGCAGCGGAACAGAGUGGAGUCCACGCUCACCUCUCUGCACCAUCGGAUCACAGACCUGGAGAAAGGUAAAGACACCAGGCCGACAGAUAAAUUUCAGCUCACCUUCCCCCUGAGAACCAACUACAUGUACGCCAAAGCCAAGAGGAGCCUCCCUGAGAUGUACUCCUUCAGCGUGUGUCUGUGGAUCAAGUCCAACGCCUCCCCUGGGGUGGGGACACCUUUCUCCUAUGCUGUCCCAGGUCAGGCCAACGAGCUGGUGCUGAUCGAGUGGGGGAACAACCCCAUGGAGAUUCUCAUCAAUGACAAGGUCGCAAAGCUGCCGUUCCUCAUCAAUGACGGGAAAUGGCAUCACCUCUGCAUCACGUGGACCACCCGUGACGGGAUGUGGGAAGCCUUUCAGGACGGAGUGAUGCGGGGCAAUGGAGAGAAUCUGGCUCCGUACCACCCCAUCAAGCCAGAGGGAGUGCUGGUCCUGGGACAAGAGCAGGACACGUUGGGAGGAGGCUUUGACGCAACACAAGCUUACGUUGGUGAGCUGGCAAACUUGAAUAUCUGGAAUAGGAAACUUUCUAUCGCCGAGAUCUACAACUUGGCAACCUGCAACAGCAAAGCGCCUGCGGGCAAUGUCUUCUCCUGGACGGAGAGCAACAUCGAAAUAUUUGGUGGAGCGACCAAAUGGACCUUCGAGCCUUGCCGUUCGCUCAACUGAACUGAGUUUCACUGUUCAAGAAAGGCCUCUCUGUAUUUCUGAGCUUUUGUCGUUCUUGUCUUCAUUUGACGUUUGUUAGAGACUAUUUGAGUUAUUGGUAAGCUUAAAUCUGGGAUUUCUAUCAUUCUUAGGUAUUUAUGUGCAAAACAACACUUUUCAUCUUGAGGAAAAAAAAAUCGUCUCGGAAACCUCAGUGAGAAAGUAUUGGUAUCCUGUUUUUUUUCUUCUCUCGGACGUUCAGUUGAAAGCACACCUAAGCUUUUCAUUUGGCUUAUUUCCGUCUUGGACUGGCAGCUGGCAAUCUGCGCCUUAUGUUUGGACAAUUCACAAUCCAAGUGAGGAAUUACAUAACCACUCCCACCCCCCUUUCCCUCCGGAGAGUGGGAGAUUACGCUGUCCAUCCAAUUCUUGUCAGUGUUUGGCGCUGUGAAGUGAUGUCUGACGCGGUACAGCUCCCCGCAACCC